AUGGUCACUGCAUCAAUGGAACGUGUGUAUGUAUUACAUGCUAAAUCGGGAAAACCUGUGAAAAACGAGGGCUUCAUAGUUCCACCGGAUACUAUCAGUGUUACAUUUUCCAGAGUAUACAUCCGAGAUAAUCUAAAUUAUUGUCUCUCUGACGCAUGGUUUAUUGAUUCCAUAAUUGUCCUCCCACCUGGAAAUCAUAGUUUGAUCAUGAAUUUUUCUGGUCCGUCUUUAAAUAGUGUAUAUUAUGGAUAUAUACAAUAUUUGUUCGCCUACUACAAUGGGACAAAUAUAGCAAAUAACUAUACUGUGAAGUUUAAUAAUCUCACAUACUUGAACAAUAAUUCCUCGGUAAUGAUAUGA